AUGGCUUCGCUUGCCGUCGAUCCUCCCACUUGUCAAGUUCCGGCUGCCGGAGGCACUUCCAUUCAUCAGUUGGUCAACUCUGGCGCUUGUCGAGUCGCUUUCAAGGUCCGUUCGUCCAACAACAACGACUAUCGAUUAAAGCCGGUCUUCGGCUUCAUCGAGCCGUCUUCUUCGGCCAAAUUCGAUAUUACCCGAAAGGUAAGAUAACGCCGCUAUUAGAAAAAAUAAGUUGUUUCUAUUAUACAUUUCACAAAUUUCAGCCAGGCCCUCCGAAAGAAGACAAAAUGGUCAUCCAGUUUGUUGAAGCCCCCGCCGACGCCACUGACGCUCAAGGCGCGUUCAAGGAUGGCAAGAAUGUGGGCAGUGUCACUCUCCCUUGUUCUGCUACUUAA